GACGCAAUGGCCCAGCAGCCUGCAGGAACAGCGCCUCAGAUGAAUGCGCAAGAGCUCAUCAACACCUUGCUGGAGUUGAGACAGGCAGUCAAUGGAGGUCAACAGCGUGAGGCCCAGUUGAGAGCCCAGGUUGAACAGCUGGUGCAAGUCGGCACGGAAGCACAGCAGAGAGAACAGCAACUCAGAGCCCAAGUAGAACAGCUGACACAGCAAGUUCAGAACCCUGGACCUGGAAGUCUGCAAGCAGUGGUUGGACAAGCCUUCCAAGUCAUGGCCCAGAGCCAAAAGGACCUCAUCGACGGGUUAAAGCAGAAGGAGGAGAGGAACGUGACCCUCUUUGACACGAAGGGCUUGGCAAAGCCCGAGAAGUUCGACGGAAAGGAGGAGAGCUUCCUUUACUGGAGGACGAAACUGGAGUCGUUCAUCGCUUCGGUCUACCCUGAGUUCGAGUCGGUGAUGGCCUGGGCGGAGAAUGAGGACAGCGAGAUCACGAAUGCAGAUCUGCUUGCAAGCUUUGGCCCAGUCAAUCCGACCGACAGGACCAUCGAGAACGUCGAAGGCAUGAACACCCAGUUCUACGCAGUCCUGCAAAGCCUCUGCGAGAAAGAGUCGUUCACGAUCGUUCGUUCAGCUGGUCGGAACAACGGAUGUGAAGCCUGGAGAAAGCUGAUCAAGAGGUUCGACCCCACGACAGGAGGCAGACGUCGUGCACUGUUGCGCCACAUCUUGACGCCCACGAAGAUCACCAAGAUCGAGGACUUGUCGUCCGCCUUGGAAGCCUGGGAAGAACAGCUCAGGUUAUACGAGGCGAGGAAACGCAGUGAUGGCACCAGGCACAUCUUGGAUGAUGAGAUAAAGAUAUCGGUGAUCGAGCACUUAUGCCCGGUGGAGCUGGAGAAGCACCUGCAGAUGAACAGGUCGAGAUACGCUUCUUACGAUGAUGUCCGGGGCGAAGUCGUCCUGUUUCUGGAAUCUCGCCUGGGGAGCCGCAUGAAGGUGGUGGAUCCCGGAGGUGCGGCACCCAUGGACAUCGGGGCAUUUGGCAAGGGUCCCAAAGGCAAGGGCAAGAAGGGCGGCAAAGGUGACGGUAAGAAGGGCUCCUCCAAGGGCAAAGGCAAAGGAGGUGCAGCAAAGGGAAAAGGGCCUGGCGACGGGUCCAAGGAAACCCGAACCUGCAACAACCGCGGAAAGGUAGGCCACCUGAGGAAGGACUGCUGGUCUGCCGGCGGUGGAGCUGCCAACAAGAACCAGCAACCGAAGUCCAAAGGAUCGUCAAAGAAAGGUGGAAAGGGUGGCAGAGUGAGCAACUUGGAGGAGGCCGAGCCGGAAGCUGAGACUGCAGAAACCGGCUACUUGAGCAUCGCCGGACUUGAAGAAUGGAGUGAAGAUGAAGAGAUCAAGGCUGAGGAGAUUGAAGAACCGACGGGAACUUCGAGCAGCACCUAUGUGAAUGUUCGGGUGGAACCUGAGCGCUAUGUGAUGGUGAAGUCGGAGGAAGUGUCGUGCUCCGAGCCUUGUGACUGCUGCCUGCACCUGAAGUGCCAGGUGGAUCCCAAUGAACGUCACUUCAUUCAUGAGUGUGGAGUCUGCAGCAAUCAUCGCAGGAAGUUGGUUGAAGAUGCGACGUCGGCGGGAUCGUCCAAGAGUCAAAUUCGAAACCUGCUCAAGAUCACUCGUCCUGAAAGCUUUCACUACCUAGUGGACAAGACCAUCUGCUUGUUCAAGGGCAUCACGCAGGGUGCUUUCCAUAGCUUGGACGAGGACAGGAAGGAUGAGUUGAGGCAGGCAUCUAGAGAAGACAUGAGGAUCAGCUACUUCGAGAAGCUGUCGGAGCAUCUGGUGGGAAGGGUGAGUCGGACCCUUGGUCAACGACCGACCCUGGAGGUGGACGGCCCGAGUCGAUCCAGUGGAUCGGCCGAGGCUGCAGUUCCAUCUCGACCCAUCGGAUCAGCUUCGAGUCAGGUGAUGCAUCGGACGGUUGAGAUGCUCGAGGUGGCCAACUUGGAUGCCGAGAAGAGAGAGAAGAUCCAAGAGCUUGAGAACUGUGAGGAUGAAGACGAGAUGAAGGUGUUGGAGACACGCAUCAAGGAGAUCGACGAGCGCAAGAACACCUUGAAGGAGACCAUCAGGGACAACGACCGAAGGAGCAAGGAGCUCAAGAGCAAGGAAGGUGGAUUUAAGUUGACGGCGGAGACUGUGAAUGACCAGAGUUGGCACGAUGCGCGGUACCACGCCGCUCUCAAGGCGGGUGUCACGCACUCCAAGGCCUGGUUCGAAGAGAAGAAACGCCGCAAAGCCACCUUGCACCGUCGAUCUGGUAGACCAGAACGUGCUGCAGAACGUAUUCGGCUGGAUGAAGCUUGGCAUCGUGAAUUCGACAGCAAGAAAGUGAAGGAUGAAGAGUACCAUGAUGAGACGCUUGGAGGAAUAGAAACAGAGGCUGUUGUCGAGACGGAAGACGGAGGAAUCAGGGUCUUGAGAGGAAAUGCCCGUCAGGUCAGAAGAGGUCAGCUGAAGAGGAAGGACGCAGGCACCUUUGUGAAAUCUGCGCGAUCAUAUCGAAAGCUGACCCAAGACGAGGUCUCGAAGUUCAAGACUGAGACGAAGGAAGAUGAGAUGAAGGUCAUGAGGAGGAAGCGCACCAACUUGUUCAAGAUGAGGCGACGAGUCAUGACCAAGGAGCAGAAGGAGCAAAGAGCUAAAAGAGUCAAGGCUGUGAAGAUGAGGAAGGCGAAGGCCUAUAAGGUGGACCCCGACAAUGAGUUUUACCUGCAACAUCCCGAAGGCGGAAGGAUGUGCGCUGACUUUCGGCGCUCCUACUGCCACAGGGGAGCGAAAUGCAAAAUGGGACAUUCGGAGCUUGACAGGGAGAUCCACUUCAUCGAAAGCCGCAACACUGAGGUUGAGAAGCUGACCGGCAAGAAGCAAGAGAUCAAUUCGUUUGAAGAGAAUGUGAACAGUUUCACUACCAGUGACGGUUGGACCAAGCUGGUGGUGAACUUCGACACUGGGGCAGCCAUCACGGCUGUGCCAAGGACUUUGGAGGAGCAGGGCUUGGUGAAAGGAGACUCGAAGUCAAUGCUGAGAUCCUACAAGACUGCUUCAGGUGAGAUCCUAGAAGACGAAGGUGGAGUUGUCGUCAAGGGUCUCAACAACAAUGGGUUUGGAAGGAGUGUGGAUGGAAGAUUGGUCGGCGUCCACAGGAUGUUGGCCAGCGGCACCGCAGUGGCAAAGAAGAACAUGGUGGUGCUGGAAGGUGACAAAGGCUGGAUCCUGCCCAAGUCGGGCAAGAUCGCGAAUGGCAUGAGGGCAGCAUUCAAGAAGCUCGUUGAGGCACAUCCUGAGGAGGCUGACGAUCUCACGGAGCUCUACGAGCACAAAGGCGCAGAAGCCGUAAGUCCGGGUGAGCAAGGAGAAGAGAUGGAGAUCUCCGGCGAUGGUGGUGAGGCUGUUCAGGCAGCAUCGAGCGUCGAAGUGCUGCUGGAAGAGAGCAAGACUGGAGACAGCCGAUCAAAUGGGUUGGCUGAGGCAGCUGUCAAAGAGAGCAAGAGACAGUGCCGCGCCAUGAAAAGCGCGUUCUUGGAGAAAACCAAGGCCGAGAUCAAUGACACUCACCCAAUUUGGAGUUGGGUGGCAAGGCACGGGAACUUCCUGAUGUCGCGUUACAGAGUCGGCCAAGACGGUCGAACUGCCUAUGAGAGGCUCAAAGGCAAGAGAUGGAAGCGGCCCAUGGUGAGCUUCGGGGAGAAAGUCUACUUUUGGCCCUUGAAGAGCUAUGUCGCUGGACAGGGUGACAUGGGGCCGCAGCUGAAGCUGGGGCGCUAUGUCGGAACACAUGGGCGCAAUGGUGAUGUGCUGAUCAUGACCGUGGAUGGUGUCUGGAAGGGAGGCAGCAUCAAGAGAGUCCCCAUCGAACAAAGGUGGGACAUGGAGGACUUUGACAAGCUUCGGGGUACUCCCUGGAACUUGAGGCCGAGAAUGGCGGAAGAUGUGGACUCACUGCCUGUGAGGAUCGCACUUCCAGAAGCGGAAGGACGGCUCACGCCGGAGCCGGCACUGAGGGACGGCGGUCCCAGGAACCUCUACGUCACGAAGAAGGACGUAGAAGGCCGGUACACCGUUGGGUGUCCUGGAUGCAUAGCGAUCCAGACGGGAUUGCCCGCAAGGUCGCACAAUUCAGAGUGCAGAACGGCAGUGCAACAGAGACUGCUGCAGACGGAAGAAGGCAAGCUUCGAGUCGAGAAGGCUCGGAAGCGCAAGAGCGAGGCAGUUGUUCCGGCAGAAGGCGGAGAACAUGUAGCCUUGGAAGAUGGUCCAGAUGUGGAACAAGAGGUGCACGGCCCAGAUGCAGUUGGGAGACCUGCUCCAGAGCGAGUUGAACCCUUGGUUCAGCCGGCUCAGGCCAAGAGACAGGCCGAAGGAGGGGAGCCCAAGAGCAUCUUGAAGAAGGCAAAACCUGAGGAAUCCAGAGGCGUUAAACGCCCAGUGACGGAUGUCAAGAUGUCCGCUGAAGAAAAAGCAGUGAAGGUCGAAAGCAACUCUAGUCCCUCUGGAGGCGCAUCUUCGUCGAGUUCGAAGGCUGCAGCCGAGGACAUCUCGGCACUGCUGGAAGCAAACAUGUUUCCAGGACUGGAGUCCAAGAAGGAAAUCCUCGAGAUCGGGCAGUUUCUAUGCUCGAUGGGAAUUCGCAAAAGUGAUGUGGCAGAAAUCUACAAUCCAGAACGAUUUGUUUCACGAGCAAACGCGUUUGGCCUAAGGCCUGGGUUUGCCAUUGACUUGUCGUUGGCCAAGAACGACAAGGGUGAGUACUGGGACUUGUCAACUGAGCAGGACCAGAAAGCCCUGAGGAGGUUGCUCAGGGAUGAGAAGCCACUGGUUCUCAUCGGCUCACCUCCCUGCGGACCGUUCAGUCCGCUGCAGAAUCUGAGCAAGAACAAGAGAUCGGAGGCCGAAAACCAGGCCAUUUUGGCCGAAGGGCGGAAGCAUCUGAAGGUCGCAACUGGAAUAAGACAAGAACUUCGCGACAUGGGAGAGCUGUCCGCUCUCAACGAGCUGGUGGCCGGACCAUGUCCGGAUGGUGCAAGCAACGAGCCCACUGAAGAGAUGUGGGACUAUCACGACGACAGCCAAGAGGAGAUCUACGACAGUGUCACCGGAAU